AUGGCGUACUUGACCAUGACCCCUGACGACAUUCAAGGCGACUACUCGUGCAAGAUCAAUGUGGAAGAGUACCGCUUAAGUAGUCACAAGAAGGUCGAGUACAAGGUCGUGGUGCAGCUGUCGUUCUACUCGUCCCGAGCUCAUGCGACAGGGCACACGAGUUGGCACAUUUGGCGCAGCUUCUCCACGUUCCGGAAGCUCGACGAGCAGCUCCGGAAACGCACUCCCGUGCUCAUGAAAGGCGUCAAGUUCCCGCCUUUGUACCGUCGUCGAGCUCUUUUUCGGGCGGACAAAAGUCUCGAGUUCCUUGGUGCACGGUCCCGAGAGCUUGACAAUUACAUGAACGUCGUGACGCACAAACCGCAGCUCGUGGCUUUUCACUUGGCUGCAGUCAGUAGCCAGACGCUCAAGAACUUUGUGGGGUUCAACUCGGGCUUUGGGGCCAAUGUCCACUACGACCAGCAGGACGCCCAUCUCCGUCCGUCGUCGUCCAUCUUGGCGUCGUCGGCAGUUGUGCAAGCCACGGCAAGUGUCAAGGGCGACGACGAAGACGAUUUUCGGUCCGUCUCGAGUACGUCAACUGUCUCUUCAUUUGCAUCCAUGGCUAGUGACUAUCGCUGGUCAGGGACGGGCUUUGUGGGCAGUCAGAGCUUUGCAAAACAUUCAGGGUUACAGCCACAUAUGGGUGGAGGGCGUACUUCGUUUGCGAGCAGUCAGGGCUCUUUUGCAGGGUCAACAGGUCCAGGCUCGUCGAGAGGGAGCUGGUUUCCAGCAUCUUCAAAUGUGUCUAGUACCUCUGGACGAACGCCCAUGGUAUCGGUCUCAAGAGGACCGAUGAUGGCUGUCACAGCAUCGGAUGUCAUUACACCAGAGCUCGACAUGCAGCGAGCAAAGAUGGAGGAUCGCCUCGUGCAAAUGGGACUUGUAGGUGUCGGAAUGCCACCCGAUGGAUCUUGUUUACUGCACUGCAUUGUGUACGAGAUGUAUCCGCUGCAGUGUCUGCGGGACUACCCUGCAAGUAUGACGGUAGUGAACGUAGGUGCUGCGGAUGGAAUGGCACCUCGACGAGUGGCAGCAGCCCAAUUUUUGCGCGUAAAGCUGAUGGAAUACGCGCUCGAGCACAUUGAGAAGUUCGCAGGCUUUCUUAUGCAGGACGUGGAAGACGUGCAAGAGCGGUACGAGACGUUUCGAAGCACAGUGGACGAACAAGCUACGACUGCCGAAUUGUAUGCGGUGGCGAGCAUGUUUAACAUCGAGUUGGUGCUGAUUUCCAACGACGAGAGCUUUGUGAUUGACCCUGUGGUGCCGUUAGCAGGUCUCCCGUCCAUGCGCGAAGGACCACGGCGUACUGUCACACUAGGAUACCUCAUCCCUGCCGAUGGACUCGCUGGACACUAUAUUUGUACACGUGAGAAGCGGGCGCAAACUGGCAUGCCUCAGAACACCUUUGCUGGCGGAAGUUACCGUGGAUCUAUCCACAUUGGACCGCCGAAAGGCAUGAGCUGUGGCGCUUCGACUGGUCGGCGCUUUGACCGGAUUCCGGAGCAGAGGGUUGAAUAG